AUCACACAAUCCUUGACCUCAAUCACACAAUUCAUAUUAAAAGCCAUUCACUAGCAGCCCAACUUUCAAAAUGCAAUUCUACAUCCCAGUUGUUUUGGCCUUUCUUGCCGGCAGUACCACUGCGCAAAUUAGAAGAUGUCCCUUCAAUGGAGGCAGUAUUCCAUUUGGUCAAUAUGUUUGUUCGGGACCUCGUGUAAACGGAUUCCCAGGCAAUGGCAUUUCACAAUGUGCUAUAAACGGGCAGAUUGUGCAGAUUGGUAGUGGUCCAUGCCCUCAUUACUGCAACUACAUUUCAGGAAUCCCAUACUGCUUCUAAAUUUCUUAUUGGCUGCAAUUCAUCAAUAGCUUGAUGAUUAGCAAUGGAUUCAGCGGAUGCUGGGCCUGAACGGGGGGAUUAUUUUUCUUUCUCAGAUUGAAGGUGGAGGAUUUCGUUCGUUAUAGGACAAGUAAAGUAGGACUAUCAACGAAAUGUAUUUUUUGGUGGAUUUGAGUUAAUUGGUUUUGGGCAGCUUCUAGAUGAAUGUUGACUAAC